UUUCUCUACAAGCUCUACAUGAUUUAUCACUCAGAUGACCUCUGCACAUGACAAGUCUGGCAGUAAACCUGUCUGACUUAAAUUGUGACUGAAAGGCGCGCUGCUGUGUAAUUGCCAGCUUCCUCCGUUAGGUGGAGUCAUUGAGCCGAUUUUGAACCUGAAGCUUGACCCUUGUCCUGGUUUUAUCACCUGUCUUUGUUUCAUUAAGCUCCUCCAAAGCGCAGCCCGAACCGGGUCAGUUGACAAGGAAAACACGGCUUAAUUAUGAUGCCUUUAACAGCCGCUAUUCACAGGUAGGACCCAAGAGGAGAUUACCUGUCGCAGAGAGACUGCUCAGGGAAAUGCCACAGUCAUGUGCCUUUCCUUCCUACAGUGAGCAGGCAGCGCUUUUUACUGAAUGGGAGCAUCAUGUGAAACUUGAGGCGUCUGGCGUAAGGAUUUCUGCGUGGACGCCGCACGUACUCUGGCUGCAGCAGGACGCAGCGAGAGGGACAUUUCAUUCCUGUGGUGUCUGUCUUCAGUGUAGGGUUUUUUUUUGUGUGUGUGUGUGUGUGUGUGGUUGUGUUUUGCUUUGAAUCAGCACAUAGAGUAAUGUAAACAUGGAGGACAUAAUUCGGGACGUUGUUUGGUUUGUGUUGGUGAGAUAUGGAGACCGGACGCGCUCUGGAUGGACCCUGCGCGGUGAAGUUUGCGUGGAAGCGCAAUUUCUUAGCAGCCACUGAAUAUCCAGUCUGGGAUAUCUAAAUGGAAGAAUGUUGCCUGUGGGAUGUAAAAUACCAUCUGCAGUUCAAAUGAAGUGUAGUCUAAUUUACAGGAUCAGGGGCAAAAGAUCGACAACAGACAUCUUGUGCUAUUCAUCCCAGAGGAGAUGUAGCAAGACUCUUCAGUAUGACAUAGACCUCAGUCCCCCUCUCGCCUACUCAUCUUCAGGGAUGGAUUUCGUGAACUUCACGACCGUCAUCGACAAUGGCUUCUUAGACGAGAUGCCGUCGAGCCGCGUGCUGACCGGCUGCUUCCUCUCGCUGCUCAUCCUCACCACGCUGCUGGGGAACACGCUGGUCUGCGCUGCCGUCACCAAGUUUCGUCACCUGCGCUCCAAAGUCACCAACUUCUUCGUGAUCUCGUUGGCCGUGAGCGACCUCUUGGUGGCCAUCUUGGUGAUGCCGUGGAAGGCGGUGACGGAGAUCGCGGGCUUCUGGCCGUUCGGCUCCUUCUGUGACACCUGGGUGGCUUUUGACAUCAUGUGCUCGACCGCGUCCAUUUUGAACCUCUGCGUGAUAAGCCUGGACCGCUACUGGGCCAUCUCCAGCCCCUUUCGCUAUGAGAGGAAGAUGACACCCAAAGUGGCCUAUGUUAUGAUCAGCGUGGCCUGGACGUUAUCUGUCCUCAUUUCUUUUAUCCCUGUGCAGCUGAACUGGCACAAAGCCCAGAGUAAACCUUACAAGCCGCUCACUGAGGCAUUAGUGUCACUGGGAUCAAACACUACAUCUCUCCGCACUUCUGAAAAUUGUGACUCCAGCCUGAACAGGACCUACGCCAUCUCCACCUCACUCAUAAGCUUCUACAUCCCCGUUGCCAUAAUGGUCGCCACGUACACGCAGAUUUACCGCAUUGCUCACAGACAAAUCAGGAGGAUCUCUGCCCUCGAGCGUGCCGCAGAGAGUGCCAAGAACAGACACAACAGCGUGGGCCGAGGCUCCAGCAUCGCAGAGUCCGAGAGCUCUUUCAAAAUGACAUUCAAGAGGGAGACAAAAGUGCUGAAGACGCUGUCGGUGAUAAUGGGGGUGUUUGUGUGCUGCUGGCUGCCAUUUUUCAUCCUAAACUGCAUGGUACCCUUCUGCGAGCAGUCAAGCGGAGGAGAGGCCUUCACUUGCAUAAGUCCCACCACCUUUGACGUAUUUGUGUGGUUCGGCUGGGCUAACUCCUCCCUCAACCCCAUCAUCUAUGCCUUCAAUGCCGAUUUCCGCAAGGCCUUCUCCAUCCUGCUGGGCUGCCACAGACUGUAUCCAGGAGGCCACAACGUAGAGACGGCCAGUCUAAACAAGAAGUGACUCAUGACUCUCCCGGCCCUGACUCAUCCCUUUAUUCUAGGAGUCCAGGAGCUUAAUGUGCAUCCGGACUGGCUGAGAAGAGGACGCUGCUGUCUGCGCUUCUGAGCUAACGCUUAGUGUGACUGAAUGGUACUGUGACACUGUGUGCACAUGUUUGCAUCGGGUGAGUGUGACCCUGCUGUGUUUUCUGUGGCUGUUACACAACCUUCCGAAGUGAGAAUCAUGUCUGGGAGCAGAGUGGAUUUGGGAUUGAGAUUAAGAUGGUGCUGGUUGGGCCAGGGGUCUGAGCGUGUACCGGUCCUGACAUGGCUCCAGGAUGGAUAAUCCACAGGAUCGGGCAGCAUGCACUGUGUCAGACGCUGCUGUCCUCCUUGACAUCACUCUCGACAGUAGUACACAGUGUCAUGGCGACCUCCGCCAAAUAAAGCGCAAUCGCUGCACAACUCGUGCACUUUACCAAAUCACAUGACAGCUCACACAUCUACUGGUGCGCGCGAUUAAAAUUGUCUGCAAAGAGUGAGGUCAUGCAUCUAACCAAAUCACAUUUUGGUAUAGGUUGCAGGAACACAAUACACCCAAAAGUGACUUAAUAUUACAGACAGAAUGCAAAACAGAGUGGAUGAGAUGCAUUUAUGUUUUCUGUGACGGCUGUUUAAAGGGAAACUGUGCUCCUAAUUUAUUUUGAAAGUAACAUUAAGCUGUGAUGAUGUACUAUAGCCUAGUAGGAUCUUCCUUUACCUCGGCCAGUUGUUAGAUUAUUAUAAAUAGAUAUGAUAAUAAUGCAUAACACGUUAAAGCUUGAAGUGAAAGUGCACCAAAAAUUGCCUUGUGGCCGGACAAUUUUCAACUUAAUCAACCAGUCUUUUUCCAAUCGGUGAAACUACAUACCAACAGUUCAAGGUCUCUGUACUGAUAACACUCUUCAAAGUAGAAACUAUUACCGCAGGAAAUAGAGUCAAGACUAACUCAAAUUUGUCUAUUUUCUCUAUUAGUUAUAUGUUUUAAACAUCUACUGAAAAUUUGAAAACAUUUUCCCAAAUUUGAGAUUUCUCUCUGUUUUAUGUGGGCCUUUUUUUUUUUUUUUUUUUUGUCCAUUAUCAGAAAAGCUGAACAGUGUCCUACAAAAUUGCUGUGUUUUACAAUUUGGCUGUUUCUGCAUCUGUCUUACAUGCUGGAAUUAGAAAUGUUGGCCGGCUUGGACAAAUCGCAGACGGGUCGCCUCUUCCCGUGAAAGUUGUUUUGCUGCUACUAGUGCUGAUGAGACACACAUCAGUACUAGAAUAAUGGAUUGAAACUUUUCAAUAUUACCUCAGAUCAUCUCUAAAUGAUUGAAGCUUUGACAAAAUUGGAUGUUCCAACAGACCAGUAAGCCUAGGAACACAUCCAAACUGGUUUUGGAGUGGAUGGAACAGGUCUAACAAUCUUCUGGUUUUCCAAAGGCCCAGAGCUAAGAGUAAGAGUAUUCCUGCCAGAAAAUCACCAAAUUAAAAUUAACUCUAUCAAAAAGAGUGGACAAUUUGCUGCUAAAUCUACUACAGAAGCUUCUGCAAUUUUGUGGAUUAAAGAACAUUUGGGCACCAAGUUGCUUAAACAGAUUGUUGUCAACAGAAACUAUCAUGACAUCCAUGAUGUAUGAGUGAAUGUAAUCUUGUGGUUGGAACUACAUUAUGUUGUGCAUGAUGUUGGGUUUUAGGCAAAGAAACCGAAUAACUUUGUCUGCACAACAGGAUAUAUACUGGAUUAGUGCUCAUUUAAUGAAUAUCCACACUAAUUUCCUGCUACGAUUACACUUUGUGAACUUUUGUUUUACUGUGCAGGCAAGUCAGAUUCGCUUUUUUUUUUUUUUUAAAGUUUGUCUUAUGAGAUGAAAUGAAAAAGCCACAGAUUACAUCAAUGAGCUGUUUGAAGCUGAGGAAAGUACAGAAGCAGCAGAAGUAAAGCCUUCAAAAUUGUCUAAAUCCUGUACCAGGGGAAAACUGCAAUUUGUUGCUUUCCAUUCUAAGAAAGAAUAUAUACUUUUGUCUCACAAUAAGUGCAGAUAAUAGGUCAUUACUUCUUCUUGAGUAGCAGUGAACUUAUUUUUUACAACAAACAAUAACAAAAGAUGACCAGUUUGAAUAGAUUAGAAAAAUUAAAAAACUUUUUUUUAUUUAUCUAUUUAUCUUUUUUGGUUUAACUAUUCCUCCCUCUUGGAGAUUAUACAUUCACAAACUGUAAAAAAUGAGCAUGUUGCUAUUUGUAAAAGGAAAUAAAAAGCACGUAAUUAGAAGAAGGAUUUUUCGAGUGGAUGAAUUUUGUCGACAAUCUGCAGUUUCUGUCUGACAUCCAUCCAAAAUCAUGACUUUUAGUUCAAAAUGUGAUUCUAACUUCAGCCCAUUUUUAAACUGAGCGUUACCAAAUGCAUUCAGAGUUGCACACUGAAACCCCGUUUUAAUGUAUUAUGCAUUGUUGGUUGUUUUCUAGUUUUACUUCUCAGUUUAGACUUGGAAGGAGUUCAUUCUAGUCCUGUAACAAAGAUAGAGACGUUUCGCAUUUCUCCCAAGUGUCUCUUUGCAUUAGAGCCCAAGCAGAUGUUUAGUGAACUUGUUGAUGCGAAGGUUAUUUUUCAUCAGAUCCACUGUGUUGUGUGUUUUUUGGCUUGUUCAGCUUUGAACCCUUUACAUCAAAAGCCCUGGGGCUAACUUCACACCAGCGCGCGAGGAGUAAAACCUAAUGGGAGCAGCUGUGUUUCAUAUCUACCAUCUCAUAUAAUUCUGGUGUUCUUGUGUCUGUCGAAUCUGGCGAUGUAUCGCCAUCAUUAGCAAAGUGAAGUGUCCCACCUGGUCCUGUGAACAGCUGGCAAUAAUAAAGCGGUGCAACUACUGUGGCACCUCUGGA